AUGAUAUCGUAUCUGUUGAAUGGUAAUUAUCCGGGCGCAGAUAUUGGCCCUGAGCCAACAACAGAUAUUUUUGCUCAUGUCGACUACAGCGAAAAAACGCAGACUGUAUCAGGAGUAACGUUGGCUUCUGACAAUACCUAUCAGUUUCAGUCGCUGAGCAUGUUUGGCGAUGUAUUUCUGAACAAGUUAAGGGCUACGCGCUUCAAGUCACCGCUGUUGAAGUAUGUAUCGAUAAUUGAUACUCCAGGAAUCCUGACCGGCGAUAAACAAGUCUUUUUUUCGAACUGA